CAUCUAUUUAUUUUGUAUGGUCAAUAACGUUGUGAAUGUGACAAAAUGAUCAUUAAACGUGCAGCUCUGCAGGGGUUUUGUAAAUAUUGGACUCACCUCAGCUGGUUUUCAAAGCUCUGGUAGGACGUAGAUGCCGAGGCGCCGUAGCACUUUGCAGAGCAAGCAAACCUCCCAACUCCUCCCCCUUUGCAGGCGGUUUAAUUCGCGUGAGGCGAUGCCCUGGCUAGUAACCUAAUAAAGCUGCUGGAUGCAAUCCGGGGGCAUAAUGUGUGGAUCAUGUUCGUCUGACAGACGCGUCCUCGGCUCUGCUUCUGCUCUCACGCUGCCUGUUGCUUUCCGGUCCCUUUCCCGGUGUAACUGUCAGAGCAUAAUGGUGGCAUUCAAAGGGGUCUGGACCAAGGACUUCUGGAGGGCUGUGUCUGGAGAAUACCUCGCCACCCUCAUCUUUGUCCUCCUCGGUCUGGGCUCCACCAUCAACUGGGCCGCAGGGGAGGAGAAGCCUCCCCCAGCCGACCUCGUCCUUAUCUCCCUGUGCUUUGGGCUGAGCAUCGCCACCAUGGUGCAGUGCUUCGGCCACAUCAGCGGCGGGCACAUUAACCCCGCGGUCACUGCAGCCAUGGUCGUGACACGGAAGCUCAGCCUGGCAAAGGGAGUCUUCUAUGUGCUGGCUCAGUGCCUGGGGGCUGUCACGGGGGCCGCGGUCCUCUACCUCGUCACACCGGCUGCUGUCAGAGGCUCCUUCGGUGUGACCGCGGUGAACCCCAACAUCUCAGUGGGACACGGCCUCCUUGUGGAGCUCCUCAUCACCUUCCAACUGGUCUUCACCAUCUUCGCCACCUGUGAUCCCAAACGCUCGGACCUAGGAGGCUCGGCCAGCCUCUCAAUCGGCUUUGCUGUAGCUAUUGGUCACUUAUUUGCAAUCCCAUACACAGGAGCCAGCAUGAACCCUGCUCGGUCCUUUGCGCCUGCUAUGCUCACCCUUAACUUUGAGAACCACUGGGUGUACUGGGUGGGACCCGUUCUGGGGGGCAUCCUUGCAGCCGGACUGUAUGAGUACCUGUACUGCCCCGACCCCGUGAUGAAGAAGAGGCUGAAGCAGGUCUUCCAGAAGGCCCCGUCAGGGAAAUACAGGGAGGUGGAGGCGGACGACAUUUCCAAGGCGAUCCACAGCACGGAGGUGGAGAAAAAGGAGUCGACGGGAGAAGUGCUGUCUUCGGUAUGACUAUCGCGUGCACUGGAAAUGGAGACGAACCUGUAGAGCGGAAUGACCAUCAAACAACGGAGUGUCCAUCUCCAGCUUGUCCCUCAUCCAGAGCAGAACAGGAUUUCUGCCCACGAGUUCUCAUAGAAAGGCAGAAUUACUCUCAUCGUCAUGAAGCUAACAUGAUGCCACAGCUCAAUCCUGCUCUUACGCUCCUUCGUUAACAUUGUUGUAGCCAUGUUGGCGCGAGGGCGACUGCACAUUGUGUUAGUGUGUAAUGUGUGUAGGGGUCAGGAAACUACGUGGGGGCAUGGCGCUGACUUGGAGAAAGGAAGAGGAAGAAGCAGGCUUGUUAUCUUUGGAUUAGUGUCACAUGUGGUACGUUUGCUGUGUGUGUAACGACAGGAGAGCAUUUCCGUGUAAUCAUUAAGCACAUUAGGCUCCCAAGCAAUGUAAGUUCAGCUCCGACGAGCUUUAGUCAGGGAAACAGCCGGUUCAUGGACAACAUUGUGUCCCUGCUUUUUGUUGUUAGUGGAUUUAUUAACACCAAACAAUUACAUUUUUUAUCUAGUAAAACAUGUGAUACUGUGUUUUUUUUAUACACCUGUCAUACAUUUUGUAUUUGCUGUAAGGUCUUCUAUUGGUUACAUGUUUAGCUCUGUCUUUGGACUAACUUGUUAUAACAAUAAAGGUUUUAUUUUAGUCCUUA